AUCCAAAGAGAUGGCUCGGGCCAUAAGUAUUGAUGGAGGUGACGGAAAAGAAGAACAUGUUUCCUUGUUGCAUUCCAUUGCCGGAAACCUAAUGCUCGCAACUAGACAGAAUGCCGAUGUUAGAGUUCUAGUGGGAUACUUAUGUGUUCUAUGUAUUUGGUUGUGGGAUAGCCCUCAAAGUGUCAAAGAAUUUUUGUCAGAAGGAACUCAUCUUCAAAUUCUUACUGCUCCGAUAACUCAAUCUUCUGGAGUGGACUCUAAAGUACAAGGAUUGUGCGCAUUUUUAUUAGGAAUUUGCUAUGAAUUUAAUCAUUCUACUGACUCACCGAUAACGAGAUCGACUCUUCGACCGAUUUUGCUUAAUCGCAUUGGAGUGGAUCAGUUUGUUAAUCGUAUUACGCGCUUGAGAGAAGCACCACAAUUCAAGCAUGUUUCUCAGUAUCUUCAGAUUCACCCGGAUGAAGAAACUGGUCGAGUACUUCCUGAACUAUAUUUCGAUUAUUCAUUCGUCGAGUUUUUCAAGAACAAUUACGAAAAAAUCCAGAAGUCUAUUAUAUCCGAUCCCAAUGCUCCAAAAUCAUCUUUUAUAGGAAGUGGUGAAAUGCAAGUUGACCAUGAUCAAUUGGCUAUAAUUGCUUCUUAUAAGAGUGUAAUUCAAACACAAGAACAAGAGUUAAAUGGAUUGAAAGAAACCAUAAGACAACUGGAAGAAGGA